CUCCGUUGGUCCGUUUGCCGAGGAACACGUAGUCUUGUUGCGAAGUUGUGCAGCGCUAUAAAAGUAGUUGCGUCUCAGAACCGUUUUUGUUUCAGUUUACCGUGAGUGUUGUCCGCAGGCCGUUAGUCCGUGAAUUUUCGUGAAUCCCAUUGGAAUUGGAAGUUAAAAGAUGAGUCUCGUCUGGACUUUGAUCGCGACCUUCCUCUAUGCCGAAAUCGGCGUAGUUUUGUUGCUCGUUUUGCCGGUGGCCAGCCCAUCGCGAUGGCAACAAUUCUUCAGAUCGCGGUUUCUAGCAAUGUUAGGUCGGCAGGCGCAUGCAUAUUUCUUCCUUUUGCUCGGCGUCUUGGUUCUAUUUCUGUUGGAGGCAAUCCGCGAGAUGCGUAAAUACUCGCAGACGGAUCCCGGCGCCGAGACGCACCUAAAUGUGGAGAUGCAGCACAGCAUGCGGCUGUUCCGAGCCCAACGCAACUUCUACAUUUCUGGGUUUGCCAUCUUUCUGUCGUUAGUGAUCCGCCGGUUGGUGACCUUGAUUUCCACGCAAGCGACCCUCCUCGCCCAGGCAGUGGCCUCCAUGAAGCAAGCCCAGAGUGCCACCACCGCUGCUCGCAGUCUCUUCGAACAGAAAGGAAAGUCGAGUGGCGCGGAAGAGGUCAAGUCAGAGGCAGCAGAAGAGAUCAAAGAACUCAAGGAUAAAGUUGUCGAGCUCACAUCUGAAUUAAACAAAGAAAAGAAGGACAAGGAAGCUAUCAAGUCACAAGCUGAAAGCCUUAACCGUGAAUAUGAUCGUUUGACAGAGGAAUACAGCAAACUACAGAAGAAAGUCACAAUAUCUGCUGGAGGAGAUAAGGAAGAUUAAGCUUUCAAAGGACUGAAAUACACGUGGCUACUGAGCGGCCAUCACCUAGAUAUUAAGUUUUUUGUUUCACCAAGCGCAUUUCAUCUAUUUAGGUAGAGGUUUUUUGUAUACUCGGCCAAAGGUCACGCUCGUUUUCACUACUCUUCGGCAAUUGUCAUAUAAAAUAUCGCGUUGUUGUACUUUCUAGACUUAACAAAUAAUUUCCUUUUUUAAAUUAAAGUAUUUAAAAAUAAAUUGGAUUUAAUCUUAAACAA